CUCGUGCCUUUCCUCGCGAGAGACGACUAGCUCAUGCUCGCCGCAGGGGUCGGAGGUCAGGGCGAGCGUCUCCCGGGCCGAAGGAGGAAGAUGGCGGUGGAAUCGCGCGUUACCCAGGAGGAGAUUAAGAAGGAACCCGAGAAGCCGAUCGACCGCGAGAAGACCUGCCCGCUCCUGCUGCGGGUCUUCACCACCAACAACGGCCGCCACCACCGAAUGGACGAGUUCUCCCGCGGGAACGUGCCCUCGAGCGAGCUGCAGAUCUACACCUGGAUGGAUGCAACCUUGAAAGAACUGACUAGUUUAGUAAAGGAAGUCUACCCAGAAGCCAGAAAGAAGGGCACACACUUCAAUUUUGCAAUUGUUUUUAUGGAUCUUAAAAGACCUGGAUAUCGAGUUAAGGAGAUUGGCAGCACCAUGUCUGGCAGGAAGGGCACUGAUGACUCCAUGACCCUGCAGUCACAGAAGUUCCAAAUAGGGGAUUAUCUGGACAUAGCCAUCACGCCUCCAAAUCGGGCACCUCCUUCAGGACGGAUGAGACCGUAUUGAAUUCUAUUGACUUUCUUGAAGUUAUUUUUCAGCCAGUUUGUAAAAUAAACUUACUUAAUCUUUUCCUCCCUUGAACCUUGCCAUUAAGCCUUUAAAUUUUAAGCAAAUUGUAACACAUUUAUUUAGGAAUUAGAGUUGGAUGUACUUUGGUAUAUUAAAGUCUGUAUGUUUUAAGCCCUUCUGUAAAAUAUGAAGAAAAGUGCUCUUAGCAUUCUAUAUAAAACUAUUGUGAAAUACAUGUAUGCAAUUA